AUGGUGGAUGAAAUAGCUCUGGAAGAAAUGGCUGUCCACUUCAGCAAGUAUAACAAGAUUGCUGGCCUUUGCUGGAAGCAUUCCCACCUCAUCGACCCUGUCCUUCGCACAAAAUUCACAGACGGCGAAGUCCACUUUGGGAAGGAGCUUACGGUUAUUGGAGUCGCGUGCUUCGGAGAAGACGAGCUUUAUCCUGUUUUAGCGGCGCCCACUUGCAAGACGGAGAAUGCUGGAGAUAUGGAGAUCACACUCACUCUUGCAAUUGAACGGUGGAACGUAACCGGAGCCGCUGCAUCUGUUGGACCGGUGUGGUCCUUUGCGACCAAUGGUGAUGCUACGCGUCGUGCAGCGGGGCACAAACUUUUUCUCAAGAAACCGUUGUUGCCAGAGUCACCGUUAUAUGGUAUACUUAACAACAUGCCUGGCCUGAACACCAUGACAGGUGAUGCCGAGGUGAUGCUUGAUUUUGACUUCAAGCACAUUUUCAAACGCUUCUGCACGCUCAUCCGUUCCGCUGCCAGAAUUGUACUCAAUAACAGUCGCGUAAUCAAUAGCAUGAUGCUCUCAAGGUACCUUGUCUGGUUGCCCGCAUACAAUGAAGCCAGCGUUAUGAAACUCCUCCAUCCUGAUGAUCCACAAGACGUCCCCCGGGCCAUUGAGUUAAUGCAGGCUAUAGUUGAGUUCUCUAAGUCUCAGUACUCCAUCCUCAACGACUCAUUUUCAACUGAUGUCAACACACGCGCAAACUUAGUUUCAAUCACUCUCCUCAGCAAUUUGAUUGAGUCCAUUCUUGUCCCUUUCAUCAAUACGAAGCUCUCCCUCACAGAACAAGUUCAGUCCCUUAGCUGCUAUGCUCACCUUGCAUUCUCCAUUUUCCGUGUUCACCGCCGUCUAUUCAUGCCUUUCCAACUCUACUACGACACUCAAACAUGUGUCAAGAAUGUCAUAUUCAAUAUCACAAAGCAGCAACUUCUUGAUCCGUACAAAUCAUUCUUCCUUGGCGAUUGCGGAGACAAUCGGCUUGAACUCAUGUUUGGUCGGUCCCGCAUGAUCGGUGGUCACAACUCCGGAUGCUCAUACUCCCAGGCCCUUGACCGUCUAGGCACUGCUAAGGACAUCGAUGGCGUAUUCAAUCGGCACCCUGAACUCGAUCCUGGUCAUCGGCGCCUCAGCCUGGGCAAGCGGAUCGAGGAUGUUGACCACAUCAAUCGGAUGAUGUGGAGGGGGGAUAUUAUCUCCGGUCACUGUGAUCUUCCAUCAGCCUGGCGACAAGGGCGUGAGAUCGCACUAUCUAUUCUCACUACUUCACAGAUCGGUCCCAUCAAUUACUCCUUCGCCGACCUGUUCCGUGAUCCCGGAACGAAUAUCCUAUGUCCUCUAGGUAAGAAUAAGUACUUUGGCAUUGCAGAAGAGGAGCUCGAUGACUCCAGUCGAGUGCCAAACCUCCCACCUGUGGUGCCUGCCACCUUGCCAUCGCAUGUCAUAGAGACGGUGAUAUCUGAAGCGGGUGAUAUUCAGGGAGUGCAUAUGGCCACUGAUGAGGAUGAUGAAGAACUUAUGUUGACGUUCGAAGAGGAGCUGAUUGCGCAGUCCAUCUCGGACAUACCUCCCACCCAACCACAUCCUCUUCCGACAGUUCCAUCUGCACUUCAAGGUGCUGGUAUCCGCGCCAAUGACUACUUGCUCUACAAAGGUCGCUGGAUCCAUAAGCAAACUAUCUGCUGA